UAGAGCCGACCAAGGAGAAUGGGUGUGCGCUGGCUCCUCGCAGUGGGGGCUCGCCUCCUGGCUCUGAAUUGUUCUCUCUUAACCCAUUUGAAGAAAAUUUGGACGCACAUGAAGGUCGGCUCUGCCUCUUGUCCUCUGCCGCAGCCGCUGCCGAUUCUAAGAGCCCCUGACGCCAAUUUCAAGGCCUUAGUGCAACUUUCUGACAACCUCAAGCUGUGUUUGACUUCGAUUCAAGAAAUUUUAUAUGGAUUUCUACUUUCAAACGUUCAAAGGAGGAGGACAAGAGACGGCCUUCUCAAGAUCAGAGUGGACUAUCACACCGAUAGAACAAUAACACGAGGAAGAGAUCAUCACCAGAGAACUAUGGCUUCUUGUUCUCUCAUCCGUCUUGGUUUACUCAUUAUAAUGGUUGCACAACAAAGUGCUGCUAGGAAAUUAACAGAUGGCUAUGAAAAAGACAUAGAACAGUUUGUGAAUAUGAAGAUUAAUGAUCAAACAAACACCCAUAUUAAGGAAGUUGAUGAUGGCCAUCAGAAGAUGAGUAAGAAUCAUAUGCAUGUUCAUGCACCAUCUCACAUGGAGCAUUUAGAUCCUUUAUUAUAUGUUUUCUUCACCUUAAGUGAUUUGAAAGCUGGAAAAAAAAUGCCUAUUUACUUCCCUUACUCAAGGCCAUCCGAAACCCCGAAGUUACUGCCAAGAGAAGAAGCUGAAUCCAUUCCUUUCUCCACAUCACAACUUGAAUACCUGCUAACUCUAUUCUCUUUUCCAAGAGACUCUCCUCAAGCCAAAGCUGUGGAGUAUACUCUGAAGCAGUGUGAGCUCGAAUCCAUCAAUGGAGAGACCAAAUUCUGUGCCACUUCUUUAGAAUCAAUGCUGGAUUUUGCUAUAAAAAUGUUGGGAAGUGAGACCCAAUUGAAAGUUCUGACUAGCUCACGUCUCUCCAACUCCACUAUCCUCCUUCAAAACUAUACCAUUUUGGAGGAACCCAGAGAAACAGUGGCUGCAAAAAUGGUGGCAUGUCAUAGCAUGCCUUACCCUUAUGCCAUUUUUUACUGUCAUUGCCAAGAGAGUAAUAAUAGGCUGUUUGAGAUUCUACUAGGGGCUGAGAAUGGUGAUAGAGUGAAAGCCAGUGCCAUUUGCCACAUGGAUACCUCUCAGUGGGAUAAAGAUCAUGCCUCGUUUAAAGUUCUGAAAACUAAACCAGGAGCUUCUCAUGUCUGCCAUUUUGUCUCUACUGAUAGUUUAGUUUGGCUAGCUGCCUAAUCCUACCAUUGGAAUUUCAUCUCCUUAUCUAUAUAUUUACUUGUGUGGUUGAUUAAUGUUCUAGUUUUGGGUCUGUAAGUUUUAUAUGCUUUCUAGUGUGUUAUUAGUCGAAGAUUCUCUAUGAAUUAUUUUACUGUGUUAUUAGUGGGAA